AUUGACACUGUGUCCUCAGAUGAAGAGCAUGGUAGUACAGAAGCUAAGCCCAAAAAUGAAGAUUCAAUGGUACACACAUCACAGGAAACAAAAAAUGACAGGAACGUUGAUGAUUAUCCCACUGAAGUUUCUGCAUCUAAGUCUAGUAACGUUAGCAACGCCAGAAGUAUGGUGAACAUUUAUACAACGACAGAAACAUAUAGCAAACCCAACACAUUAAGCCAUCAGCUUCUGGAGCCCGAACGAGCUAAAGAGCUGAGCAGAUCCACUCCAGCCCUGCACUCUGAGACAGAAUCUGACACUGCAUCUGAAAUUAGCUUCAAACUCAAAAGGCACAGAAAGACACAGAGUAGUGGCAGCAACUCCUCCGACAUGGCAUCCGUCUCUUCUGUCAGUAACAGUGUCCUCAGCGUGUACAGUGGAGAUUUCGGCAGUGUGGAUGCACAGGGAUCAGUUCAGUUUUCCCUAGACUAUGAUGAAAAGAAUCGGGAGUUCCAUAUCUAUGUGGCUCAGUGCAAGGACCUGGCAGUUGUGGAUGAGAAGAAAGGACGAUCAGACCCCUAUGUCAAGACCUACCUUCUCCCAGACAAAGCUAGAAUGGGCAAGCGGAAAACCUCCGUGAAAAGGAAGACCAUCAACCCAGUUUACAAUGAAGUAUUAAGGUACAAAAUUGAAAAAAUGGUUUUACUGAUCCAGAAAUUAAACCUGUCUGUGUGGCACAAUGACCCGCUUGGCAGGAACAGCUUCCUUGGGGAACUGGAGAUUGACCUCACCAGCUGGGAUUGGAGUAACACAAAGCCCAACUGGUACAUCUUAAAACCAAGGAGUCUCUCUGCAAUGAAUGGGGUGGACCAUCUUGGAGUGAUGAACUUGUCAAUUAGAUACAUCCCUCCUGGAAGUCUUGGUCCAAAACACCCAUCCUCAGGAGAAGUCCAUAUCUGGGUGAAAGAUACUAAAGAUUUACCUCAACUUCGUCCUUCUGGGGUAGAUUCCUUUGUUAAAUGUUAUGUAUUACCUGACACAAGCAAGAAGAGUUACCAGAAGACUCGGGUCAUCAAGAAGGAUUCAAACCCAGUGUUCAAUCACACACUAUUGUCUAUGAUGGCUUCCACACUGAAGACCUUAAAGAUGCUUGCGUUGAGCUGACCGUUUGGGAUCAUGAGAAGCUCAGCAAUCAUUUCCUUGGGGGAAUCCGGCUUGGCCUUGGGACAGGUUAUAGUUAUGGUAUUGCUGUGGACUGGAUGGACUCUACACAAGAAGAAGUGGCCUUCUGGCAAGAAAUGAGCUAACACCAAAUGAAUGGAUUGAGGGAUCACUUCCCUUGAGAUCAUUAGCGGGAAGAAGGAAAUUCAAAUAA